CUCCCGGACCUCAUUAGCAUGUCUAGUCCUUUCAAAGACGCCACCAAUCCUCAUUGGAAACGCGCUUCCACCGAGUCCAGGACGUGGGUCAACAGCUAUUCCAUCUUCUCCGAUCGUCGCCGCGCCUUUUUCCUCCAGGGCCAAAGCGAACUUCUCGUUUCUCAUGCAUACCCUUACGCUGCCUACGAAGAAUUCCGAACCUGCUGCGACUUUGUCAAUCUUCUCUUUGUCAUUGACGAGGUCAGCGACGAACAGAGCCCAGAGGAUGCCCGCCUCACCGGUCAGACUUACCUCAAUGUCAUGCGCGAUCCUAAAUGGGAUGACGGUUCAAAACUUGCGCAAAUGACGAGAGACUUCCGUUUCCGCUUGAUGCGCACCAUCAAGCCGGAGACCUUCCGUCGGUUCCUUCAGCAUGGUCAGGACUACAUUGACUGCGUAGUCCAAGAGGCUGAGCUCCGGGAACGCGGAGACGUCCUUGACUUGGAGGCGUACGAGAUCAUCCGGCGAGAGAAUAGCGCCGUUCGGCUGUGCUUCGGCUUGAUCCCAUACGUCCUUGGGAUUGACCUGCCAGAGGAGGUCUUCGCUGAUCCCGUGUUCCGACGGAUCUACUUCGCUGGGGUUGACAUGGUCUGCUGGGCUAACGACGUUUACUCGUACAACAUGGAGCAAGCAAAGGGACUUGACGGCAAUAACUUCGUCACUGUGCUCAUGAAGACGAAGUACAUGACUCUUCAGCAAGCCAGCAACUUCGUCGGAGACCAUUACCAAAACUUGAUGGAUGGGUUCAUUGCAGACAAGUCCCGCCUUAGAUCCUUUGGACCCGCGAUCGACUCAUCGGUCAAGCGUUACAUUGAGGCAAUGCAGCAUUGGCCAGUCGGUAACCUGUUCUGGAGUUUUGAAACUCCAAGAUACUUCGGUUCUCAGCGCGAGCGUAUCCUGAACACGGGCGUGGUAUACCUUAAGCCUCUGGAGAUCUCUGAUGACGAUUAACCGCACUUGUUACUUCUAUAUAACAUACCAAUUUUGGAACUUGUUCUAUGAUACUAAUAUCUGCAAUCAUUUCUAGCUCUAAGCAGCUAAUCAUCUCACAUACUAGUAAUUUGUAGCUAUUAUAUUCUAGUCUGUCACAGCUACACGCUCGCAUUGCUGUGAUAUCGAUAGUAUCUUCUCGAUGCGCUGUACUUAUCAUAUCUUAAGCUUUGUUUCUGUUUCCAAAAUUUAUGGGUGGGAGUUUCCC